GGAGGAGGAGCCCCGGCAGCUCCGCCCACUGGGUGAGUAAUGGGUGCAGGGCACCAAAUAUCAGAACCCCGUGUGUAACGGAACUUAUAGGUGACUUUUCAUCCUGUAUCAGAGCCUGUCGGGGUGACAGUUCCUGCGCUGCUGCUCCUUCUAUUCCUGCAUUCCCUGACACAAUGAAUCCCUACAUAUAUGUAUAAAAUGUGAUAAUGAUUUCUCAUGCUUGUAUCUCUGCCAGACGGUGAAUAUGAAGAUAAGAGAGAGAUUCCAGCUGAUCUGGGAGGAACAUUAUGUUAUAAUAAUGAGCCAAGCAAGAUUGGGGCUGAAGGUGCUAAUGAAAAUCUCAUAAACUCUGACAUUUCUUUAGCUUCGUUGGAAAGGGGAAACCAAUCAGAUUGCAGCAUUAAUCCCCUUACAGAACAGAUACAGGGAACAGACACACCCACUCCCAACACAGAGACGUAUAACUGUUCUGAGUGCCAUAAAUACUUUAGUACUAAGGUCGGUCUUCUCGAGCAUCAGAAAACUCACACAGGGGUAAAAUCAUUUGUCUGUUCUGUGUGUGAGAAAUGUUUUAAGUAUCAGUCAAAACUUAUUUUACAUCAGAGAAGUCACACAGGGGAGAAACCGUUCUCUUGUUCUGAAUGUGGGAAAAGGUUUACCCAGCAUGUACAUCUUAUUGAGCAUCACAGAACCCACACAGGAGAGAAACCCUAUUCCUGUUCUCACUGUGGGAAACGUUUUAACUGUCCCUCAAAACUUACUGUACAUCAGAGAAGCCAUACCGGAGAGAGACCUUAUUCAUGUUCCGAAUGUGGGAAGGGCUUUAAAGAUAGCUGGAAUCUCCGUGCCCAUCUAAGAAUCCACACAGGGGAGAAACCAUUCACUUGUUCUCAGUGUGAGAAAUGUUUUACUCAUCGCUCGGCUCUUAAAAGACACCUGGCACUUCACAAACGAGAAAAAACAUUUUCUUGUUCUCGGUGUGGGAAAUGUUUCACUCAUCGCUCAGAUCUUAACAGACACCUGAAAUCUCAUAAAGGAGAAAAAACAUUUUCUUGUUCCCAGUGUGGGAAAUGUUUCAGUUGUACCUCAGCCCUUAAUGUGCAUCUCAGGUCUCACUCUGGAGAGAGACCGUACUCUUGUUCUGAGUGUGGGAAAUGUUUUAAAUAUUACUCAAACCUUACUGUGCAUCAAAGAACUCACACAGGGGAGAAACCAUUUUCCUGCCCUGAAUGUGGGAAAUGUUUCACUAAUGGAGCAAGCCUUACAUACCAUAAAAAAUGUCACACAGGGGAGAAACCAUUCACUUGUACUGAAUGUGGGAAAUGUUUCCGUAAUAGCAAGGGCCUUAAAUUCCAUACAAGAAUUCACACAGGGGAGAAACCAUUCACUUGUACUGAAUGUGGGAAAUGUUUCUGUAAUAGCACGGGCCUUAAAUCCCAUACAAGAAUUCACACAGGGGAGAAACCAUUCACUUGUACUGAAUGUGGGAAAUGUUUCCGUAAUAGCAUGGGCCUUAAAUUCCAUACAAGAAUUCACACAGGGGAGAAACCAUUCACUUGUACUGAAUGUGGGAAAUGUUUCCGUAAUAGCACAGACCUUAAAUUCCAUACAAGAAUUCACACAGGGGAGAAACCAUUCACUUGUACUGAAUGUGGGAAAUGUUUCCGUAAUAGCACAGACCUUAAAUUCCAUACAAGAAGUCACACAGGGGAGAAACCAUUCACUUGUACUGAAUGUGGGAAAUGUUUCCGUAAUAGCUCGGGCCUUAAAUUCCAUACAAGAAUUCACACAGGGGAGAAACCAUUCACUUGUAUUGAAUGUGGGAAAUGUUUCCGUGAUUGCACAAGCCUUAAAAUCCAUACAAGAAUUCACACAGGGGAGAAAGUGAAACCAUUCAGUUGUACUGAAUGUGGGAAAUGUUUCUGUAAUAGCACAGGCCUUAAAUUCCAUACAAGAAUUCACACAGGGGAGAAACCAUUCACUUGUACUGAAUGUGGGAAAUGUUUCCGUGAUCACACAAGCCUUAAAAUCCAUACAAGAAUUCACACAGGGGAGAAACCAUUCACUUGUACUGAAUGUGGGAAAUGUUUCCGUAAUAGCUCGGGCCUUAAAUUCCAUACAAGAAUUCACACAGGGGAGAAACCAUUCACUUGUACUGAAUGUGGGAAAUGUUACCGUGAUCGCACGGGCCUUAAAUUCCAUACAAGAAGUCACACAGGGGAGAAACCAUUCACUUGUACUGAAUGUGGGAAAUGUUUCCGUAAUAGCACAAGCCUUAAAAUCCAUACAAGAAUUCACACAGGGGAGAAACCAUUUGCUUGCAAUGAAUGUGGGAAAUAUUUUAUGUAUCGUUAUCAGCUCACUGCACAUUCCCAGUUACACACAGGGGAGGAACCAUUGCCUGACAGUAACUGUACUGAUACACAGUGAGUUACAUACGAUUAUGACGCUAUCAAAUUAUGAUUCCUUUUGGUCAGUGUAUUCUUAAUUUUCAAUAAAUAUUUAGAGGUAAAACUACACGGAAUAUUCUGUAUAAGGGGUUGGAUGGACAGAUCACAUCCUACAAGUCAGAGGGAGCUGCACAACUCAAAAAAUAAGUGACGGCUACAGAAAACAUUAUUCUGGGUGACUGUCGGACAGGGGUGGGCCAAGCCAACCAGGCACCCUAGGCAACCCGGUCGGCCACCUCACCCCUGCACCUUCUCCCCUCCCCUCGCUUUGGAUUGCGUGGGGGGUAUGGGGGUCCGGAGGGUCAUUGCCCCCACCACGUAAUGACAAGCGGCGGGGGAAAUGACAAGGGAGCACAGACUAGGGGUAGGUGGGAGAGGGUCCUGCCUGGUGCUCCCCAAUCAUUGCACCCUAGGCAGAUGCCUCUUCUGCCUACCCCUAGUUCUGGCCCUGCUGUCAGAAAACUGCAACUCGUGUUUAUCCAACACAAUAAGAUUCCUUUUUCAAAAUACAUUGACUGUAGGAGCUAAUUGCAUGAAGAGAGUUCCCCACCCAACUGCAUUUUGUAUAGUUUUACACUGCUGAUACCACUUCAGGUUCCUGCU